AAUUUAAAUUAUUUUUGAGACGAGGAUCUAUCGAAAAAUAAUUUCGGAAAAAAAUUUCUCAUUUUUCAAAUUAAAACCAACAUAAGCUAUCUUCCUUCCUUACCCAAAGUCUGGUAGCUACGGAAGCACAUAACACGUGUCAGUUUACAGGUCCCUUUAAUUCAAAAUCGAAGAAUGUUGUUAACCCCUCUACUUCCAUUUCCGUUCAUUUCAGUCCCCAAAAAUUUCCCACAUCUAAAAUCCCCGUCAUUCUUCCUAAUACGAUCCUCAUCGUCAUCGCCAAUGGACACCAAUCCACAACCGAAAAAGGUAGCUGUCUGCGGCGGCGGAGUAAUCGGAGUUUGCACCGCCUACUUCCUAUCCAAAAACGGCGCAUCCGUAACUCUAAUCGAACAAUCCUCCGUCGCCUGCGCCGCCUCCGGUAAAGCCGGUGGUUUCCUCGCUCUAGAUUGGUGCGACGGCGGUCCUGUCGCGUCUCUCGCACGCGCCAGCUUCAAUCUACACCGCUCACUCGCUCAAGAGCUUAAUGGAUCAGAAUCCUACGGUUAUCGUCCACUCACUACUCUAAGUGUCUCCAUCACCGAAUCAUCAUCUUCUUCGUCGAAUCGAACCGGGCCGAUUCCGUCUUGGGUUGAUGGCCCAGCUAAAAGCCCACGAACAAUUGGAUCAACUGACAGUACGGCCCAAGUCCAUCCAGAGAUGUUUACGAAAAGGCUACUGUCAAAAGCGAUGGAGGAUUAUGGAGUUGAGCUUGUGAUUGGUAAAGUGGAGAGAGUGGAAAUGGCGGAGGGAAAAACGAGAGGAGUUGUACUAGAAGAUGGAAGAGAGAUUGAUGCUGAAGCAAUUGUGUUGGCAGUUGGGCCUUGGAGUAAGAGGUUUUCUAUUUUGGGCUCGCUUUUUAGGGUUUAUGGAAUUAAAGCCCAUAGUAUUGUACUGGAGCCGAAAGAAGCCAAUAGGAUCACGCCACAUGCACUCUUUCUCUCUUAUUAUCCAGCCCAAGGUGGAAAGCCCAUGGACCCUGAAGUAUAUCCUCGUCCGACAGGGGAAGUUUAUAUAUGUGGAAUGUCUGCUCAAGCAGAGGUUCCAGACGAUCCAGAGCAGAUAACUCCAGUUCCCGAAUCAAUAAACACGCUUAAGAGAGUGGCUUCUAGUGUGUCAAGCCAUUUAGUUGAAGGGAAAGCGACUGUGAAGGCUGAACAAGCAUGCAUCUUACCUUGCAGCGAAGAUGAUGUGCCAAUUAUCGGAGAAGUUCCUGGUAUAGAAGGCUGUUAUGUCGCCACUGGACAUAGCUGUUGGGGAAUUCUCAAUGGUCCUGCCACUGGUGCAGCUAUGGCCGAACUCAUUUUGGAUGGACGUGCUAGCAUAGUUGAUCUUAGCCGAUUUAGCCCUGCAAGAUUUGCUAGCGCUGUGAAGAAGUAAGAUGUUUCCACACAAAUCAUCUAAAAGAGGAAAGAUGGCUUCAUAAACUUGGCACUGCAAGAAGCGAAGAGGUAAUUUGUUGAAUGAAGAACUUGGAAGUUGUUUUUUAAGUGUCUCGAAACUAUUGCCUCGAUGUUGAGAGAAAAUUACAUUUCAUUAUCGCCACUGUAAUUAUCGAGUCUGUCCAAGAAAAUAAGGUCUUUAUGUAGAGACGGACUCAGAAUUUAAAGCUUAUGAAUUCAUAAUUCUAAUACUUUUAAGUUACGGGGUUCUAAAUCAAUAAUAUAUUACACGUUUAUGGUC